UGUGAAAGUGCGCAUGCGUAUAUUAUCAUGGUGGCACUGGCUGUACCAGCUGGGGAAGUUGUGAAAUUUAACAUAGUAAAGUUUUAAUAAUAGACAUGGGUUGUUAACCCUGGAAUUUAUAUAGGUGUUAAACUCUCCACAGAGAAACAGGAGGGAGAUCAUGACCGCUAACGAGGAUCAAGAGAUGGAGUUGGAGGCUCUGCGUUCCAUCUACGAGGGCGAUGAGUGUUUCAAAGAACUCAGUCCAGUUUCAUUUCAGUUUCGGAUAGGAGACCUGGAGGACUCCAAAGCGUUCAUCCUGGAUGUCUCGUGGCCAGAGACUUACCCCGAGACAGCCCCACAAGUCACCCUUGAUGCCUUUUUUAACAACAGGAUCUCUUCAGAGACCAAGCAGCUGAUCCUGUCUAAGCUGGAGGAGCAGGUGGAGGCUAACCUAGGCACAGCGAUGAUGUACACCCUGUUUGAGUGGGCAAAAGAGAACCAGGAAACCCUGAUGGAGAACCACAAGCCUGUAGUGACAGCUGUGACUUUGACAUCCAACAGUGAGGUCAUGACCACUCCCUCUACAGCCAAGAAGAAGGAGAAGAAGGAGCAGCUGACUAAAGCUCAGAAGAGGAGGAUCAUCAACAGAACAGAUCACAAAGGGGAACUGCCAAGAGGUUGGAACUGGGUUGACGUUAUCAAACAUCUCAGUAAAACAGGAGGAAAAGAUGACGACUAGGCCUGUGGGCAGCGACCUUGUGCUACUUUCUACAAGAACAUGCAGUGACGCGUGAACUAACUGCAGCCUGUUGAUGCUGCUGCUCCUGUCCUGAUGCCUUCACAUCCAACCUCACCAACAUGUCACACUCAGUAUGGCUGCUUCUACCUAGACAAUCAAAGCAGGCCGCUGGGUAAUAGUGGAGUUCAGGACACACACACACACUUCCAGCUAAACUGUGUUUUUGAGCUGGGAAUCCACAAGAAUUGAGUGUUUUUUCUGUAUGUGUUUGUGAUGUUUGUGGAAAGCAGCAAGGUGAACACAGCCUCCAGGUUCUGUUCAUCGUACAAAGUCAGCACUCAGAUAUUCUGCUCCAUCCUCCACCAGGGAGGACGUACCUGCUGUCACUGCCACGUUUUGAGUCUCUGAGAUUAGGCCCAGCUGCCAGGCGCUGGAGACAUAAAUGUUGGAUUGUGGUUAUAAAUGGAUGUGUCAAAUAAGCAUCCUGCUGUUACUCGCAGGUAUCAUGUGACUUUGUGAAAAUAGAGAAAUUUUAAUAACACAAAAUGUUACUCCAUUCACCAAUUUCUUAUUUUGACAAGUUUUUUUUCUUCCCUAUGAACUGAGAAACGUAAAAAUUUUAUAUUUAAAUAAAACCAUAUUUGGUCUA